CCAACCGACAUGGAAGCGAAAUUGCUGCGCCAGAUAGUUCUUGCAGGUAUGGCGGAUUUAAAAGAGGAUCAGGAUAAGGCCAAGUGGAAACAUGCUUUAGAGGUUAGAACACCAUCAGAAAUGGAGGAACCUGUGUUCAUGCAUUCUUCGUGCGUUUUACGGAAAAUCAGUCCGGAAUAGGUGGUUUAUAAAGAGGUGUACGAAACGAAUAAGAUGUAUAUGCGAGGUGUCACGGCGAUAGAACCCGAAUGAUUGCCGAAAUUCGCUUCCACGCUAUGCCAUCUUAGUGAACCAUUCGUUGA